AUGGAUGAAGUUGCGAAAUUAGAACAUCUAUCUCUAGUAUCUAAAAUUUGUACAGAAUUAGAUAACCAUUUGGGCUUAAAUGACAAAGAUCUUGCUGAGUUUAUUAUUGAUUUAGCAGACAAAAACCCAACUUUUGAUUUAUUCAAAAAAGCACUUAUCGAGAAUGGUGCCGAAUUCUCCGACUCCUUUAUGACCAAUCUGCUUCGUAUUAUUCAGCACAUGAAACCAGUGAGUGCUUCUACUGAGAAAAAUGACAGAGUAACUUCUAACUCCAACCCCUUAGCUAUGAAGUUUCCUGGUUUAGCUAUUCCUAACGAGAAACCACAUUCCUUUGUAUCUGAUGAAAGCAGUGAGGAAGAUGAGAAACAAAGUAAAAGGAUGACAUCAAAGGAUUUGUUUAAAGAAGAAUGUAAAGUAAAAGAACCAAAUGGUAAUGUUGUUAAACAGGCAAUGGCAGAGCUGGAAGCACUUGCACCUUCUAACAUGAAUUUAAAGAAGGAAGAUAAAAAGGAAAUACAAAAAGAUCAAAAUGACACUAAGAUAAAAAGGGAAAGGUCCAGAGAUAGACAUAGAAAACGCAGCAGAAGUAGAGAAAAAAGGAGUAGAACUCCGGACCGUAGGAACAGAAGUAGGGAUCGUGAUAAGGAGAAGAGGAGGCGCUCAAGAAGCCACCAUCGUCAUAGAUCAAGGUCUAGAGAUAGACAUAGGAGAUCUAGGUCUAGGGGCAGAAGAUCUAGGUCUAGAGGCAGAAGGUCUAGGUCCAGAGGUAGAAGAUCAAAGUCAAAAUCACAAUCAAGGGUUAUAGAUCGGGAAGGAAAAGACAGAUAUAAGGAUUUUGAAAAGAGACCAAGGAAGAGAAGCCCUGAAGUAGAAAUGAGUGAGGAUCCUGAGCCUGGAAAGAUCUACAGUGGUCGAGUUGCAAACAUAGUACCAUUUGGAUGUUUUGUUCAAAUUGAGGGGCUGAAGAAGAGAUGGGAGGGCUUAGUUCAUAUCUCUCAACUUCGCUCAGAGGGGAGAGUGACAAAUGUAUCUGAUGUUGUAUCCAGAGGAGAUAAGGUUAAGGUCAAAGUGUUAUCGCUAACUGGACAAAAAGUGUCACUCACUAUCAAGGAUGUUUGCCAAGAAACGGGAAAAGAUCUGAAUCCUACGUCCCAUGCGCAUCUAGAGGCAGAGCGAGAGGGACGUAACCCAGAUCGACCAGCUCCUGCCGCAACGGUACUUGCUGGUCUUCAGGGGAACCUUGACCCUGAUGAAGACUCCAGUCGGAAGCGUGUCACAAGGAUUUCCAGCCCGGAGCGCUGGGAGAUUAAGCAGAUGAUAUCCUCCGGUGUUAUCGACAAGAGCGAAAUGCCCGACUUCGACGAGGAGACCGGCCUACUGCCAAAAGACGAAGACGGCGAGGCUGACAUCGAGAUUGAGUUGGUGGAAGACGAGCCUCCAUUCCUUCAAGGGCACGGCCGGGCACUUCACGAUCUGUCACCAGUGAGAAUCGUCAAGAACCCUGACGGUUCUCUGGCGCAGGCUGCAAUGAUGCAGUCGGCUUUGGCCAAAGAAAGAAGAGAACAGAAAAUGCUCCAGAGGGAACAAGAAAUGGAAAGCCUGCCCACAGGUCUUAACAAGAAUUGGAUAGAUCCACUUCCGGAAACGGAUGGUAGGGCGCUCGCGGCUAACAUGAGGGGUUCGGGGAUAACCCCACAGGAUCUGCCGGAGUGGAAGAAGCAUGUUAUUGGAGGAAAAAAGUCCUCAUUCGGCAAAAAGACUAAUUUGUCCCUGUUGGAGCAGAGGCAGUCUUUACCCAUUUACAAGUUAAAAGAUGAAUUGAUAAAGGCGGUGGCGGACAACCAGAUCCUGAUCGUGAUCGGCGAGACGGGCUCGGGCAAGACGACGCAGAUGACGCAGUACGUGGCGGCGUGCGGGCUGGCGGCGCGCGGCAAGGUGGCCUGCACGCAGCCGCGCCGCGUGGCCGCCAUGUCGGUGGCCAAGCGCGUGGCCGAGGAGUUCGGCUGCCGGCUGGGCCAGGAGGUCGGCUACACCAUCCGCUUCGAGGACUGCACCGGCCCCGAGACGGUCAUCAAGUACAUGACGGACGGCAUGUUGCUGCGCGAGUGCCUCAUGGACCUGGACCUGAAGAGCUACUCCGUAAUAAUGCUGGACGAGGCGCACGAGCGGACCAUCCACACGGACGUGCUGUUCGGACUGCUCAAGCAGGCCGUCCAGAAGAGGCCCGAGCUGAAGCUGAUCGUGACUUCGGCCACCCUCGACGCGGUCAAGUUCUCGCAGUACUUCUUCGAGGCGCCCAUCUUCACAAUACCCGGGCGGACGUUCCCCGUGGAGGUGCUCUACACCAAGGAACCGGAGACGGACUACCUGGACGCGUCCCUCAUCACCGUGAUGCAGAUCCACCUGCGGGAGCCCCCCGGCGACAUCCUGCUCUUCCUCACCGGCCAGGAGGAGAUCGACACCGCCUGCGAGAUCCUGUACGAGCGCAUGAAGUCGUUGGGGCCCGACGUGCCGGAGCUGAUCAUCCUGCCCGUCUACUCGGCCCUGCCCUCGGAGAUGCAGACGAGGAUAUUCGAGCCCGCCCCGCCCGGCUCCAGGAAGGUCGUCAUCGCCACCAACAUCGCGGAGACCUCGCUGACGAUAGACGGCAUUUACUACGUGGUAGAUCCGGGGUUCGUCAAGCAAAAGGUCUACAAUUCGAAGACCGGGAUGGACUCACUGGUGGUUACGCCGAUCUCGCAGGCGGCUGCGAAGCAAAGAGCGGGCCGCGCGGGUCGCACGGGCCCCGGCAAGUGCUACCGGCUAUACACUGAGCGAGCAUACCGCGAUGAGAUGCUGCCUACCCCUGUUCCAGAGAUACAGCGCACGAACCUUGCCACCACGGUACUCCAAUUGAAGACUAUGGGCAUCAACGAUCUUCUGCAUUUCGAUUUCAUGGACGCGCCGCCCGUCGAAUCACUCAUCAUGGCAUUAGAACAGUUACAUUCCCUGUCAGCUCUCGACUCGGAAGGGCUGCUGACAAGACUUGGUAGAAGGAUGGCGGAAUUCCCCCUAGAGCCCAACCUAUCGAAGAUCCUUAUAAUGUCGGUGGCGCUGCAGUGCUCUGACGAGAUCCUGACGAUCGUCUCGAUGCUCAGCGUGCAAAACGUGUUCUACCGGCCCAAGGACAAACAGGCGCUCGCCGACCAGAAGAAGGCAAAGUUUAACCAGCCCGAGGGUGACCACCUCACUCUACUCGCAGUGUACAACAGCUGGAGGAACAACAAAUUCUCCAAUGCAUGGUGCUACGAGAACUUCGUGCAGAUCCGGACCUUGAAACGUGCCCAGGAUGUGAGGAAGCAAUUGCUCGGCAUCAUGGACAGGCACAAGUUGGACGUCGUGUCCGCUGGGAAGAAUACAGUGCGGAUUCAGAAGACGAUAUGUUCCGGUUUCUUCCGGAAUGCUGCAAAGAAGGAUCCACAAGAGGGGUACAGAACCCUCGUCGACAGUCAAGUAGUUUACAUUCACCCCUCCAGUGCACUGUUUAACAGGCAACCUGAAUGGGUAAUAUAUCAUGAGUUAGUUCAAACUACAAAGGAAUAUAUGCGCGAAGUAACCACAAUAGACCCCAAAUGGCUUGUGGAAUUUGCCCCGGCCUUCUUUAAAUUCUCCGAUCCAACAAAACUUUCCAAAUUCAAGAAAAAUCAGAGACUGGAACCUCUAUAUAACAAGUAUGAAGAGCCGAAUGCCUGGAGGAUAUCAAGGGUCAGAAGGAGAAGAAAU